UAUAAUUUACGCUAAAUAUAACAUGGGAUCGCAUGUGUGCGCCCAACACUUAGACGUCGGAGGUUUCUUACCUUAUGAACCAAGUUGCUGCACUAUCGCCACAGUCACGCCACCUCUUCAGCAAGCUCCGUCACUUCACCGACCACCAAGGCCUCCCCGACGGUAAAUCCCUCCACGCCCACCUCCUCAAAACCGGCUUAUUCCCUUCCUGCGCAUUGCUCUCCAGCACCCUCCUCAACUUCUACGCGAAAUGCCACCUGUUCUCAGAAGCUCGUCUUUUGUUCGCGGAAAUGCCGCACAAAGAGGACUCUGUUUCGUGGAACAUCCUAAUCAACAGCUACUCUCAACUGGGCCUUGCCCAUUACUCAUUCUCGGCCCUCCAGCUCUUCAAAGAAAUGCUUCAGCAUCGUAGUCUCCCCAAUUCUCAUACUUUCGCCGGGAUUUUCUCUGCUGCGGCUAUUUUGGAGGAUGAGGUUAUGGCUCGCCAGGCACAUUGUGUUGUGGUGAAAUUUGUGGACUCUUGUGAUGUGUUUGUGUACAGCUCUAUGUUGAACGUGUAUUGCAAGUUGGGUUUUCUGGGUGAUGGUCGGAAGGUGUUCGAUGAGAUGCCUGACAGAAACUCCAUCACCUGGUCUACCAUGAUUUCUGGCUAUGCUUCGCAGAGGCUGGGGAAUGAGGCUUUUUGGGUUUUUAGAGGGAUGAUGUCUGGAGAAGAGGAAGAGGUCAAUGAGUUUUGUGUCACCAGUGUUCUGAGUGCUUUUACGUCCCCAGAGUUUGUGGAUAAGGGGAAACAAGUUCACAGUUUAGCAAUUAAGAAUGGGUUAUCGGAAAUUGUCUCUGUGGGGAAUGCUGUUGUUACCAUGUACGCAAAGUGUGGGAGUUUAAACGACGCUGUUCGGGUGUUUGAGCUCUCCACUGAUAAGAAUUCCAUCACAUGGUCUGCAAUGAUUACAGGGCACGCGCAGAGUGGGGAUGGUGAGAAAGCGCUGGUGUUGUUCAAGGAGAUGCAUUUUCGUGGGAUGAGGCCGAGUAAGUACACCAUUGUCGGGGUGCUUAAUGCUUGCAGUGAUACUGAAGAAAUUAUUAUGGGAAAGCAGGUGCAUGCAUAUUUGGUAAAAUUGGGUUUUGAGUUUCAGAUGUAUAUUAUGACUGCUUUGAUUGACAUGUAUGCUAAAUGUGGUUUUAUAGUCGAGGCCCAAAAGGGGUUUGACCAUCUGCAUGACUCUGAUCUUGUAUUAUGGACAUCCAUGAUUGGAGGAUAUGUACAAAAUGGAGAUAAUGAAAGCGCUAUUAGUUUGUACUGUAGAAUGCAAAUGGAAGGGAUUGCUCCCAAUGAGUUAACCAUGGCUAGUGUGUUGAAAGCAUGUUCGAGCCUUUCAGCUUUGGAGCAAGGAAAACAGAUACAUGCUCACGUGGUUAAGAAUGGGUUUACUCUUGAAGUUCCAAUAGGAAGUGCUCUCUCGACUAUGUAUGCAAAGUGUGGGAGUCUUGAUGAUGGGAAUGGUGUCUUUAAGAGGAUGCCUGCCAGAGAUGUGGUGUCAUGGAAUGCCAUGAUUUCCGGUCUUUCUCAAAAUGGUCGUGGGAUUGAAGCUCUUGACCUUUUCGAAGAGAUGCAACUGGAAGGUGUAAAACCUGAUUCUGUUACCUUUGUAAACAUUCUUUCAGCCUGUAGCCACAUGGGAUUGGUGGAUAAAGGUUGGGAGUAUUUUCAUUCGAUGCCCACGAAAUUUGGUAUUGUUCCAAAGAUAGAGCAUUAUGCCUGUAUGGUUGAUAUAUUGGGUCGAGCAGGGAAGCUCCAUCAAGCCAAAGAAUUUAUUGAAUCAGCAACUAUUGAUCAUGGUCUCUGUUUGUGGCGUAUUUUGUUAAGUGCUUGCAGAAACCAUCGUAACUAUGAGUUGGGUGCUUAUGCGGGAGAGAAGCUGAUGGAAUUGGGUUCACAAGAAUCAUCUGCUUAUGUAUUGUUAUCAAGCAUUUAUUCAGCCUUGGGAAGAUUAAAUGAUGUUGAACGCGUGAGAAGAAUAAUGAGCAUCAGGGGGAUUAGCAAAGAGCCUGGAUGUAGCUGGAUUGAGCUCAAGAAUCAGGUUCACGUGUUUGUUGUUGGGGACAUGUUGCACCCUGAGAUUAAGGAAAUACGUGAAAAGCUAUUGAGGUUUAGCAAACUGAUGAGGGAGGAUGAACUUUAUCAGCUGGAAUAUGGUCAAAUUUUAGAAGACUAACAGUGAAGUGAGGAUUACUGGUUUGUUAUAAACAAAGUAAUUCCCUCGAGUUUUCCAUUUAGAUGAGACAUGAGGUAUGCAGAUCGGCUGCCCAUGAUAAUUCUAAAAUCAAGCUGGCGGGUUCUGCAUCAGACUUCUUUGAUCCAAGGAUAGCAUUGACGAACCCUAUGGAGCUUCAAGAAGAUGAAGCCGAUACGAACAAGAAGGGCCUGCAAAUUUAAAGAACCAUGAGCCAUAUUCAGCUGUAAAAAUGAUGAACACGUCGGCUGGAGAGUGGAAACAGAAGCACUCAACGCUAACAUUGGACUGCGGAGACAGUGAUAUUGGUGUCGAAAUUCUAAUACAUCAACCAAGAUUCUUUUUUUGUUUUUUUGGGAGUGAAAAAAUU